CGCAGCUCAGUUGUCUAUUUGGUGUGCCAGUCUGCUGGACCUGGGCCCUUUUGUCGCGACAGCGCUUGCAGCUACCGGUGGUCAUCUGAGCACCGAGCCCGACGCCCGAGGGCGAGAUGAAAGCGCCGGCCUCUCGAGCCCUCCGGAUCUGCGAUUGCUUGUGGCAGCCCCAGCCGGCCCUUUUGCCCCCGGGGUGAGGCGUAGCCCCCAGCCGCCCAGACAGAUGGCCCCAAGCCAGGUACCCCAUCAGUUCCCCUGGAGGGAUGCCCACUCCUUCUUCCUUCUGUCCCCACUGAUGGGCUUUCUCAGCCGGGCAUGGAGCCGGCUGCGGGGCCCAGGACCUCCAAAGCCCUGGCUGGUGGAAGCAGUGAUGAGUGCAGAUCAGGGAGAAGCUGGCCCAGAGGGAGAAAUGAAGGCAGCUUUGGCCACCUACUAUCCCCCCUGGGGCGGGCACCCUCGGGGGGAGCCUGGAGACAGUGGAACAGCCAUGGAGGAUGGACAGUCAUCCUGGGGGACCUGCCCUGACCUAAAAGCCAACAGUUCUCUUCCUGAAGCCUGGGGCCUUUCAGACAAAAAUGAUGACGAGCAGGGUGGGAAAGAAGCAGCCAGCAUCCCCAUGUUGCUAUUUGGUGGCCAGUCUGCUCCCUGGUCCCCCAGCCUUCCGAGAACCCUGCCAGAUGCUCCUGGGGAGAAGGGAUCUGAGGACGCAGGAGUUGCUGAAGAUAAAGCCAUCAUGUUCUUCACUGUUCCUCCAUCCCACUGGGAAUGUUGUCCAGGGCUGGAGGGGGAGGGUGGAGAAGCUGUAAAUCAAGUUCCCAGAACACCUGCUUCCCCCUCAUCUCCAGGAUCCAGGCCCAGAGCCUGGGUGUAUUGCUCAGGGGAGGAAGAGGCUCAAGCCAAGGAGGAAGAAAGAACAGAGAAGAAAGAAACCAGGAAGACCUCCACUUCCCCUUCACCUGUAGGCUCCCACCCUGGCGUGUGGGAAUGUUACUCAGGACAGGGCCCUGAGGAGGCGCAUGGAGGUGCUGACCCAGAGCCACAUGCCUCAGUUCUAGGCCCCAGGCCCCUGCAUGGGACCUGGCAGCACCAGCCCAAUAAGAUCCCAGUGGAAGAUGAGGAAGAGGAGGGUGAAGACAGCGUGUCAGUGGAAGCUGAGGGUCCGUCUGCCACCACCUCCACAAGUGCUUUCAUAAAGGCCUGGGUGUGUCUGCCAGGAGAGGACACAGAGGACUCCGAGGAAGACAGUGAUUGGGGAACAGCUGGGGAGGAGGGAGAAGCUGAGGGUCCCUCUGCCAUCCCCCCCACAAGUGCCUUCUUGAGGUCCUGGGUGCACCGACCAGGAGAGGACUCCGAGGAGGACAGUGAUGAUUCAGGAACAGCUGGGGAGGAGGGAGAAGCUGAGGGUCCCUUUGCCAUCCCCCCCACAAGUGCCUUCUUGAGGGCCUGGGUGCACCAACCAGGAGAGGACUCCGAGGAGGACAGUGAUGAUUCGGGAACAGCUGGGGAAGAGGGAGAAGCUGAGGGACCCUUUUCCUUCCCCCCGACAAGUGCCUUCUUGAGGUCCUGGGUGCACCGACCAGGAGAGGACUCCGAGGAGGACAGUGAUGAUUCAGGAACAGCUGGGGAGGAGGGAGAAGCUGAGGGUCCCUUUGCCAUCCCCCCCACAAGUGCCUUCUUGAGGGCCUGGGUGCACCAACCAGGAGAGGACUCCGAGGAGGACAGUGAUGAUUCGGGAACAGCUGGGGAAGAGGGAGAAGCUGAGGGACCCUUUUCCUUCCCCCCGACAAGUGCCUUCUUGAGGUCCUGGGUGCACCGACCAGGAGAGGACUCCGAGGAGGACAGUGAUGAUUCAGGAACAGCUGGGGAGGAGGGAGAAGCUGAGGGACCCUCUGCCAUACCCCCUACAAAUGCCUUCUUGAGGGCCUGGGUGCACCGACCAGGAGAGGACUCCGAGGAGGAGGAGGAGGAUAGUGAUGAUUGGGGAACAGCUGGCUCGGGGGCAAGUUCUUCCCUUUGGGCCCAGAGUGCCUUCAGGGGCUGGACAUACCCACCUGGGAAGGAGACAGAGGGAGGAGAUGCUGCUGAGGAGUGGGGAGAAGCUGAGCCCUUCCGAGUGGCCAUCUAUUUACCAGGAGAGAAGCCACCACUUCCCUGGGCUCUUCCUCGGCUGCCCCUCCGACUGCAAAGGCGGCUCAAGUCUGCAGAAACCCCCACCCAGCAUCUGGAUCCCGAGACUCCCCAAAAGGCCAGAAAGGUGCGCUUCUCUGAGAAGGUCUCCAUCCAUUUCCUCGUUGUCUGGGCUGGACCUGCCCAGGCUGCCCGCCGGGGCCCCUGGGAACAGUUUGCCCGGGAUCGAAGCAGAUUUGCCCGCCGAAUUGCCCAGGCUCAGGAGAAGCUAGGCCCCUGCCUCACCCCUGCAGCACGGGCCAGGGCCUGGGCACGCCUCGGGAACCCUCCCCCCGCUUCUCUGGCUGCUCCAGCUGCCACUACCCAGACCUUGCCCGCAUCCUCUGUGCAGGCCAUGCCCUUGAGCCAUGCUGUGGCUGCUCCCUCCCCACUUUACGUGUCUGUCUCUCCCUGCCUAGACCUCAGUGGGAGGCGUGGCUAGGACCCGGUGGGGUUUGUGUUACUAUUUAUUUAUUUUUACCAGUUGGUUUAAGAAAUAAAGUCUUUUGAUUUGUACUGAG